AUGAAAAAACUGGAGAAAGUUGCACUAUUUGAUGAGUAUUUUGUUAACAGAAAGCUGUAUCCAAAUGUUGAUUUCUACUCUGGUUCAGAUAUAGAGCAAUCAGAUUUCCAACUGAGUUCUUCCCAGUUUUGUUUGCAAUCCCUCGAAUGGCUGGUUACAUGGCACACUGGAGAAUCCCUGGGUGAUUCUAAUACUAAGAUCAUGAGGUCUGCACAGCUUUUCCCAUCUUCUGUUAUUCAAGUAUAUAUUGGGGAGUGGCUCCGGCACUAUAUGCCAUUGAAGGAACGGACACUAAGCAAAGAUGCAGACAAAUUGUCACAAGUUUCUGUUUCAAACUCCUCUAAGCGUCAUUUGUCUGAAUCUGGAACUAGAAGUGUUAUGUGGUUAAGUGAAAUACUGCUAAAUUGCAAUUUUUGA